AUGCCUGUAAGAGUGAAAAAAAGGUCCGAAACUGAAGAAAGGGAUGAUGGAACUGAAGAGAAGAAGCCAAAGGUGAAAGGAAAGAGUGGGACUGCUGCCAGCCAAGAUGAACCAGACAGUGAAAAGAAACAGAAAAGAUCCAAAAGCUCAGCAGACAAGGGGGAGGAGAGGAGUGAUAAAGUGCAGAAAAAGGGUAGAACAUAUGAGAAGAUAAAGACGAAAAAGAAAAACAAAGGAGAGGAAGACGUAAAGAAGGAUGCUGAAGCAUUAAAUGGAGAUGAGGAUGGUGAUGAGCAAAACAACAAUGAACCAGUCAAAAAAGAAAAGCAGAAAAAAGAGAAACCUUCAGCAGUGGAAGAUGGUGAGGAGGUGAAUAAAGUAAAAGAAAAAGAAGAAGAAAAAUAAAAGAAAGAGACAGAAAGUGAGGUGGCAGCAGAAGCUGUAGAAGGCGAGGAAGAGGACAACAUGGAAAGAAAGAGUAAAGACGGGAAAAAGAAGAAGAAGUCUGUGGAGGAGGCUGAGGAAGACGAGGAAGUCCAGGAGGAAGAGACAGAAGAGGAAGAGGAGAAUAAAAACAAAAAGAAAAAGGAUAAAAAGAAGAAGAAGGGUUCAGAAAGCGAUGAUGAGAAGAAAGGGAGGAAAGGAAAGAAAAAGAACAAGCAGUUGGACUACUCUGAGAUCUACCAGCAGGAAAUUGUGAAUUAUCAAACAGAGGACUCAGAUGGGUAUGAAGAUGAAUACUAUAAGAAAAAAGUGUAUGAGGUGGUGACAGUAACAGGUGAUGUGAAAGGAGCAGGCACCGAUGCUAAUGUUUUUGUCACCUUGCAUGGAGAGUAUGGUGUAACACCAAAGGUUCUCCUUGCCAGCAACACUGAAAGGAGGAGCAGGGUGGCUUUUGAAAAGAACAAAACUGAUGUGUUCCGGAUUAAAACGCACAAUGUUGGGCCCAUAAAAAAACUCAGGAUUGAACAUGACAACACAGGAAUGAAUGCCAGAUGGUAUCUGGAUCGAGUCACAUUGCUGGACAUGAACAGGCCACACCUUCGCCUUUUCUUUGCCUGCAACCGUUGGCUUGCACGGGAGGUGGGGGAUGGCCUUACAGUAAGAUACCUCCUGGGCAGCCUAAACCCUAUGAACAUUCCGAAACAGAACAAGUACAUUGUCAGCGUGUUUACAUUGGAUGUCAAAGGUAGUGGAACAGAUGCAGAUGUAUAUCUGACCAUUUUUGGAGAGCAUGGAGAUACUGGGGAACGGAAGCUUGUAAGUGAAGGGAAGGAUACUUUUGAGAGGGGAAAUGAAGAUAAAUUUACCAUUGAAAAUCCAAAUCUGGGCAGACUGACAAAAAUUACCAUUGGACACAACAACAAGGGCUCCUCAGCAGGCUGGGGCUGUGAUAAGGUGGUCAUUGAUGAUUUAGGUAAUAAAGAGGUAUAUCAGUUUCCUGUUGAUGCUUGGUUUGAUAUAGCUGAAGGUGAUGGAAAAAUACAGAGAGAUGUGGCAGUAGGAGCUACCCAACCAAUGGCAAUGGUGUAUAAUGUCCAGGUAAUGACCGGAGAUAUUCGGGGUGCUGGCACCAACUCAAAGAUUCAUCUAGUUAUGUAUGGCCAGAAGGGUAUCAAAAACAGCGGGAAGAUGUUUUUGGAAGGUGGAACAUUUGAGCGUGCUCAGAUUGACAUCUUUAAUGUGGAGAUUAUGGAUUUGAUCAGUCCACUCAGCAGAGUCACAAUCGGCCAUGACAAUGCAGGGAUCAGCUGUGGCUGGUACUGUGAAAAGGUGACAGUGUAUUGCCCUUUUACAGGGAUUGAGCAGGUGUUCCCAUGUCGUCGCUGGUUAGAUGAAGAUGAUGGAGAUGGGUUGGUAGAAAGAGAGCUGUAUGAAAUGGUCUCACUGCGCAAACGUAAACUGAAGAAGUACCCAUGGUCACUGUGGAUCUUUACGUCGGAGAUGAAAGGAGCAGGCACAGAUGCACAAAUAUUUAUACAAAUUUAUGGAGAAAAGGGCAAGAGUGACGAGAUGAAGCUGGAGAGCAAAUCAGACAGCUUCGAGCAGGGCCAGUGUGACAAAUUUUUGAUUUUGAUGCCUGACAUUGGGAAGAUAAGGAAGUUGAGAAUUUGGCACGAGAAAAGACACCCAUUCUCUGGCUGGCAUCUAGGCAGAGUUACCUUAAUGAAGACCAUGACCAGAGAGAAAUAUAACUUCACUUGUAAUCGCUGGCUGGACAUCAAUGAGGAUGACCAGGAGAUCAUCAGAGAACUUCCAGCUACAGGAAUCCAUGUUCCAGAGCCACUGCCAUUGGUAAAAUAUCGAGUCACUAUCUGCACUGGGAACAUAACUGGCAGUGGAACAGAUGCAAGUGUGUAUAUGAGUUUGUAUGGAGACCUGGGGGAUACUGGAGAAAGGUUCAUGUUUAUGAGCAAAACAAAUGUCAACAAGUUUGAAAAGGGCAACCUAGAUGAGUUUGUGAUAGAGGCUGUAUCGCUCGGGACCCUCAGGAGGGUGCGGAUUGGCCAUGAUGGCCGGGGUGGAGGUUGUGGUUGGUUCCUGGAUAAAGUGCUGAUCAGAGAGGAGGGUCAACCAGAGUCCACUAAUGUGGAGUUUCCAUGUAACAGAUGGUUGGAUCGUAGUGAAGAUGACGGACAGAUAGUACGGGAGCUGGUGCCAAGUGCGGAUGGUCAACGCUUGUUUAAUGUGAGUUACCACAUUGCCAUUAAGACAGGCAGCAUUAGUGGUGCAAGCUCAGACUCGAAAGUGUUUGUUAAACUCUACGGGGAGAAAGGCGACACCAAUAAGAUCCUGCUUGUCACAUCAGAUACCUGCCACAAUAAUUACUUUGAAACUGGCCAGACUGACAUCUUCACUGUGGAGACCGCUGAUCUUGGCACGAUAAAUCGACUUCUGAUUGGUCACACAAAUGAGGGCUUGCAGGCAGGUUGGUUCUUGGACAGUGUAUUAUUCUGGGUGCCAGUGCAUGGUCUUCAGUAUAUGUUCCCCAGUCACCGCUGGCUCUGUAAAGACGAGGCUGAUGGCAAAGUGGAGGUUGAGAUCUACCCAAGUGAAAAACUGGAUAUUGAAAAAUUAAUUAACUAUGAGGUGACAGUUGUGACGGGGGAAGUUUUUGCAGCUGGCACUGAUGCCAAGGUGUUUCUGCAAAUCUAUGGUGAAGAGGGCAAGACUGAAGUCAUUCAGCUCAAGAGCCGUUCAAACAACUUUGAAAGAGGGACCACCGAGAUCUUUAAAAUUGAGGCUCUGGAUGUGGGGCGAGUCUAUAAGAUCCGAAUUGAGCACAAUGGAGCAGGUCUAGCUCCGGGCUGGUUUCUGGAGAAUGUGGAAGUUAAACGGCUCAUCAUGGCCAUGGUAAAGCCUGAGAAAAAAGAGGAGGAGAAGAAAGACAAAAAAAAGAAAAAGAAGAAAAAGGAGGAAGAUGAAGAUCCAUAUGAGUUAAAAGAGGUGGUAAAGACAUACAACUUUCUCUGCAGCCGGUGGCUUGCACGGGACGAAGAGGAUGGAGAGAUUGUGGUGGAGUUACUGGCUGAGGAUUAUGAGGAACUAGAGGAAAACACAUAUGAGGUCCAUGUAUUCACGGGAAACAUAUGGGGUGCCGGGACAGAUGCAAAUGUCUAUAUCAACAUCUAUGGCGAGAUGGGAGACACAGGCGAGAGAAAGCUGCGCAAAUCCAACCAUUUCAAUAAGUUUGAGCGUGGACAGGUGGAUGUGUUCACCCUCAUGGCAAUGGAUCUAGGGCAGCUGAGAAAGCUUAGGAUUCGGCAUGAUAACAAACAGGCCAGUGCAGGGUGGUACUUGGAUCGCGUGGAAAUUGUGGACAUGAAGGAAGAAACAAUGUAUUUUUUCCCCUGUCAACGAUGGCUAGCAGUGGAUGAAGAUGAUGGCCAGCUAGCACGUGAGCUAGUUCCAGUGGAUGAGGCAUUCAUGACUAAGGAAUCUGAUCAGGGAUCUCCAGCACAGCUUGGACUUGAGCAGAAAGCCAUGUCGACCACAUACACCAUGCGAAUAAAAACAGGAGAUAAAAAGAAUGCUGGAACUGAUGCCAAUGUUUACACUGUUUUAUAUGGGACAAAUGAUGACACAGGUAUCAUUAAUCUAAAGGCCUCAAAAAACCAUAGGAACAAGUUUGAGAAGGGAAUGAUCGAUGAGUUCACUAUAGAGGCAGUAGACCUCGGCAGCCUUAAAAGAAUCCGUAUUGGACAUGACAAUGCAGGAGGUACCUCUCCUGGAUGGUUUUUGGACUGGGUAGAGAUUGACGCUCCAUCUAUGGGCCAGUGUUUGUGCUUCCCAUGUGGCCGCUGGCUUGAUAAAAAAGAAGAUGAUGGGGCCAUCUUUAGAGAUCUCUACCACAACAAGUUACAGACGAGAUUAUACACACCUUAUGUUCCAUAUGAGAUUAGAAUCUUCACCAGUGACAUUUUUGCGGCGGGGACAGAUGCUGAUGUCUUCAUUGUCCUGUAUGGGCAGAAUGGCAUACGCACAACUCAGAAAUCUCUUUGCCUCAACAAGAGAGAAAGGUGCAUGAAUUUUGAACGAGGCGCUGAGGAUAUGUUCAUUGUGGAGCUGGAGGACAUUGGUGACAUUAUCGAGAAAAUCAGGAUUGGCCAUGAUAAUCGUGGAGUAAACGGGGGUUGGCAUCUUGACAGAGUGGAGAUCAGGAGAUUGCUAAGGAAAGGAAAGGGCUCGGAAACUGCUAUUUUCCCUUGCAAGAGUUGGUUAGCAUACUCAGAAGAAGAUGGUGAAACGAUACGGGAGCUGGUCCCCUCUGACAUCAUCAUUGAAAAGUUGUCUCGAGAUGGAACACUGAAAACAAUUCAGACCGAAGUGGAUGAUGCACUAGAGAUUCACAUAUAUUCAGUGACUGUGACCACGGGUGACGUGUAUGGGGCAGGCACAGAUGCAAAUGUAUUUAUCACUAUAUAUGGAGACAUGGGGGAUUCCGGAGAACGUAAACUCAGCCAGUCGGAGAACAACAGGAACAAGUUUGAAAGAGGAGCGGUGGACACGUUUAGUAUUGAAGCAGUGGACCUUGGUGAGGUGUUCAAGAUUUGCGUUCGUCAUGACAACAGCAUGCUAAGUCCUGAUUGGUACCUGGACCAGGUGGAGGUUGUAGACACAGACACUGAUGAAGUGUUUCUUUUCCAUUGUGAACGCUGGCUGUCUCGUAAGAAGGAAGACAAGCGCAUUGAAAGAGUCUUCUAUGUCAAGGGAUUCACAGGAGAAAGAGAGAGUGCAUUCUGCCCUAUAAGGAAAGUGACCAAUCUGGACAGCAACAUGAAUAAAAAGAACAAAAAGCGAGCCAGUGAAGAUGAGGAUCAAGAGGAGGAGGAAGAGGAGGAACCUUCAUUAAUACCAUAUCACCUGACAGUGAAAACAGGCUCUGAUCGUGACGCAGGUACAAACAGCCGCGCUUAUGUCAUAGUUAAGGGAUCAAAACAGAGGCAGACCGAGCUUAUGUGGCUGGAGCUGGAAGGGAAGAGUGCCUUCGCACCGCAAGCACUUGAAUAUUUUACCUGUUAUGGUAGAGAUGUAGGAGAGAUUAAAAAAGUGGAGUUAGGUCAUGAUGGUGCCACCGCAGAAAGCUGCUGGUUUGUGGACCAGUUCUCUGUUGCUGUGCCGACCAAAGGGGUCAUGUACGUUUUCCCCUGCAAGUACUGGCUGGCCAAAGAUCGAGGGGAAGGCUUAACUGCACGCGUUUUUAAUGUCAUUGACGCGGACACUAUAAGCAUUUCGCGCAAGGUUAUCUAUGAGGUCACCGUGGUGACAGGUGAUGUCCAGCAUGCUGGCACAGACACACAGAUCUACCUCACAUUGUUUGGCGUGUAUGGCACGUCAGAGGAGAUUCCACUGCCUAAAUUAGAAGACAGGUUUGAAAGAUGUCAGACUGACACAUUUAAUCUAGAGAUUGAGGACAUUGCUCCACUCAGGAAAAUGCGGGUUCGCAUUGAUGGCUCUGGAAGCAGACAUGAUUGGUUCCUUGAUAAGAUUGUUCUACAUAACCUUGAGACAGAUGAGGUGGCUUUGUUUGUGUAUGAAGACUGGAUGUCCCGAACAUACGGAACCAAACGUACUCUUGUGUGUGAGAUGCCUGCAAUUAUUAACGAUGAAGAAGUAGUGCAACUCACGACAUACACUAUUUCCGUCAAAACCAGUGACCUUGCAGGUGCAGGGACGGAUGCCAACAUAUUUAUUAUUGUUUUUGGUGAGAACGGAGACACAGGAGCUCUUGCUCUAAAAGAAAGCGAGAACACUAACAAGUUUGAGCAAAGCUUGACCGACACAUUUCAGUUUACAGACAUGCUCAGUCUUGGUGAACUCUCAAAAAUCCGGGUUUGGCAUGACAACACAGGGCUUGCUCCAGGGUGGCAUCUGGAAUCUGUAGACAUUCACGAUGAAACCAUGGGGAAGAAGUUUCGUUUUCGCUGUGACCGCUGGCUUGCAAAAAAAGAGGACGAUGGGCAGAUCAUGAGAGAGUUGGCCUGUGCUAACAAUGACGUGCUGGACUUCGAUGAGAAAACAAAGUACGAAGUUGUCACAGUAACAGCAGAUACGGAUGAUGCAGAGACAAAAGAGAACGCCUGGAUCAUUCUGGAGGGAAGAAUGGGACGAUCCAAAGAACUCACAUUGGAGAACUCCACUAAAAAGAAACGCUUUUUACGAGGUGCCAUGGACCGGUUUGAGUUUUCCUGUAAGAUUCUGGGUGACAUUGUCUGUAUCUGCCUGGGCCACAUCCCCAGAGAUGGCAAAAAAAACAAAUCAGAAGCCUUUUGGAGGGUUGAGGAAGUCAUCAUAACAGAGAAGAGCAUUGGCAACAGGUGCAUCUUCCGCUGCAAUUCCCUCAUUCCCCUCUCAUCUAAGCGUGAUGACUUCCAGACCUUUGAGCGCACAAAGUUUAUUGAGAGUUUUGCCAGCAAGGCGUGCAAACUGGUACCUGUCACAUAUGAGCUCAUUGUCAUCACAGGUGAUGAGAAAGGUGCAGGCACCGAUGCCAAUGUAUUUCUCACGGUUUUCGGGAGCAAUGGUGAUUCAGGUCGCCGCCAACUGAGGCAGAAGCUACGUAAUCUAUUUGAACGUGGCCGCACUGACCGAUUCAGCAUAGAGCUGUUGGAUAUGGGCGAGCUGCUUAGAGUCUGCAUUGAGCAUGAUAAUUCAGGCAUCAGUCCAGGUUGGCUGCUAAACCGGGUUGAGAUUACCAACACAGCUAAUGGGGUGACUACUGUCUUCCCAUGUGACAAAUGGCUGGACAAGAACAAAGCUGAUGGCAAGAUUAAGAGGGUUCUUUACCCCAAGUAUUGAGGCCUUGAGAUUCCAACAAAAUAUGUAUGCACUAACAAAAGGCCAAUUCUAUUUUAAAUGGAAGUGGUGCACUCUUUCUAUCAAUAUAGAGUGUAUAGCAGAUUGGAUCAGCACAUGUCUGAUGCACAAAUGAAGAUAAUAAGAUAA